AGGGUGGCUCGGUGUGGGGGGGUGGUGACCCCACUUCCCCUUUUGUCGCUAUAAAUACGCUGCGGGGACACAGCGGGACACAACGGGGACACAGCGAGGAGGUUUGAGAUGUUGGUGCUGCUGGCGGUGACGGCGGUGGUGGCAGCCGGGUCGGAUCAGGGGAAAGCGGUGCAAUUUCUGGCUGUGGGUGAUUGGGGGGGGGUUCCCGAACCCCCUUUUGUCACCCCCCGGGAAAUGGCUACGGCUGCAGCUAUGGGACAAGUGGUCGAAGAACGUGGAGCUGAUUUUGUGCUGGCGUUGGGUGACAACUUUUACUACGAUGGGGUCCGGGAUGAAUGGGACCCCCGUUUCCAGGAGACCUUUGAGCGUGUGUUCACAGCGCCGGGGCUGCGGGAUUUGCCUUGGUUUGUGCUGGCAGGGAAUCACGACCACCACGGCAACGUGAGCGCGCAGAUCGCCUACAGCCGCCACUCGGAGCGAUGGCAUUUCCCACACCACUACUACAGCCUACGCCUGCGUGUGCCGGGCACCAAUGCUACAGCACGGCUGCUGGUGCUGGACACGGUUCUGCUGUGCGGAUCCACCGAUGACUUUGGGGUAGGUGCAACCCCUAGAGGUCCAGCAGAUGCUGCAGCAGCCGAGGCUCAGCUCUCCUGGCUGCGGGGCCGUUUGGUUGCUGCAAGGCACGACCUCUACGUGUUGGUGGCUGGGCAUUACCCGGUGUGGUCAGUGGCUGAGCACGGCCCCACAACCUGCCUGCUGCGGCUGCUGCGGCCACUGCUGCGACAGCACCACGUCACCGCCUAUCUCUGCGGCCACGACCACAACCUACAGUUCCUAAAAGAGGAUGGGGUUGGCUACGUGGUGAGCGGAGCCGGGAACUUCAUGGAGGCAUCUCAGAUCCACAAGGCAGCCGUUCCCCCCGGCGCAGCCCGUUUCUUUUUUGGGGCUCCGGAAUCACCCGGAGGUUUCGUUCAUCUCCGUCUCGACGCCUCUGCAGCCACCGUCACUUUCCUGGAAGCCACCGGGCGCGUUUUGCACCACGUGGCACUACCGCCCCGUGACCUUUGACCACACGUGACCUCUGACCAUGUGACCGGAAACGGCUGGUGGGUACUGGGGAGGAACCACGUGCAGUGAUUCUCCGGAGAUUCGGCUCACCCCGAAGUCUCUGGAGACCUCGGGCUGCCCCCCGAGACCGUAUUAUUACUGAGGUCUCCCACCAAUAAAGGUCUUUAGACUGUU